ACCCGAACCCUCUUAACCUUUCAAAUUCUUCCCCAAUACCAUCUCACCCCCUUUCUCCGCCUUCCGCAGCUCCGCUCCCCGGAGCAGCCCCAGCCGAAACGGCAGCGUUUGGAGUCCCCAGUGAUCCCGCAGAGCAACUUGGCUCGGCAACGCAGACAGAAGCUGAGCGAGAAAACCCGGUGCCUGCAGAAAUUGAUGUCGUGGGACAAGAAAAUGGGCCAAGGCACGCUCCUGGAGGAAGCGUACAAGUACGUGAGGUUUCUUCAGGCGCAAUUCCGCGUGCUACAGUCGAUGCCCUCCCAUUCAUCUUCUUCCUCGCCUUCCUUCCGCCAAAACUCAGCAGUAUUCGUGGAUCUGGAGAAACUGAAUCGCUCCCAGCUACUGCAGGUCUCCCUCCUCUGCUCUUCUGCAACACAGCAGACCUUGAAAUAGAUGUUACUUUUUAGGUGUGCCAGGGGAUCUUCUUCUCCAUUGAAGUUAAUCGUUUUGAAACAAUCUGUGAUGUCAAAGACAAGAUCCAAACCAUCUACCAAAUUCACAUAUCCCAAAAGUAUUUUAUUUUCAAAGGCCAAUACUUCUCCAACAUCAUCUCUACGUCUAUACAACUCUGAUCCUUUACCACUGACGCAUUCAUCUCUUUAUUGUUACCGACGAUGCCGAAAACCUUCCGCCGCCGCCGUCCAUGCGUAGCCCUUUUUUCUGGCACAAUCGCUACAACCUUCAACACUUCCAAGAAUAGAAUACGAUCCGCUUCUGAUGCCGGAUAUCUCGUCGUUAUCGCAGCGGCGGAUGAUGACGACAUUAACGGCGAGCGUGAAAAUACUAAAGUCCAGAGAUCGUGUUUGUACAGAAUCGGAUAAAGAGGACACCGUUGGAAAGCUGAAGGAAAAGAUUGCGGCUCACGAGGACAUGCAAGGCGUGCCUGCGGAUAGGAUCGCGCUGCAGUUGCUUUCAAGCCAUUCAGUCUUCCACCUCUUCAUGUCAGAAAUUAGCAAAUCCAAAUACUGGUUCCGUUAAAAAUGAUAAUGUGAAAAUUAAAAUCGAUGAGAAAAAAUCAGAAUAAAUCUUCUAGAAUUAUAAUCCAA